AUGACGGGCGAGACGUGGACGAUGGAAGAUGCUGGAACAAGCGGAAAAUGGACGCCUUCCUCAGUCCCCGCGACGGCGGCGCCACCCAGUCCCGUCACCUUUGUGCACCACCACAACCACAACCACCAUAAUCACCAUCAUCAUCACCACCAACAACAGCAAAACAAUCACCAACAACAGCAGCAAAACCACCACCACCACCAUCAACAGACAACCAAUAAACGAUUUGAGGAAGGUGGCAAGUCUUACUUGGAACUGGGGUCUUGCAAUUUCCGCCCAACACCACCACCACAACCCGUGGUGGCACCACCACCACCAACACCACCACCACCGCCUCCACAGCCACAACAUCAACUCUCUGUGGUACCAUUGCGGGUGGAGCCUCGUCCAGCGCCACCUAGCCACCGGCAGAGUCCCUAUUCUCAUCAAAGGUUGAUAGUGCUCAAUAUGUCCAUGUGCAAACUGAACAAGUACCUGAGCCUGCACAAGUCAGUGCUAAUCUGCAACACAAUGAGGUCCAUAGAGAAGGAGAUGGAGCAGGAGGGAGUGAGACUGGGUGGAGCAGGGGCACCAGUGGCACCACCCCUGGUGGAACCCUUGCCUGCACCACCUUCACCCAUGCCUGUGGCCAGUGAGUGCUGGCCAGCACCCAACCACAACAACCACCACCACCACCAUCAUCAUCAUCCCCACCACAACCACCAUCAUCCCCACCAUCACCACCACCACCACCACCACCUGCACCAAAUGGAGCAGCAACACCAGCAGGAUGGGGUGGACUGUUGGGGAGGGGUCAUGGUGGACCCUGUGCCCAAGUCAGAAGGCAUUUUUGCUGAAGACUUUCGCCAUUUCAUGCAAGUGCUGGUGGAGACCUGAGCAGUCCUCACACUCCCUGGGUCAUCACAGCCACCACUUUGUUCUUAUAAUUUAAACAAAAAGUCCAUUUCUUGCCCCCCUCUUUUUUUUUGUUGAGAAGGGAAACAUUCAGCAAAUAUUUUUUUUUCCACCAGCAGUACAAAGCAGGCUGUUUUGCCCAGGGAGUGCCUCAGACAAGGGACACUUGGCUGUGACUUGGGACAAACAGUGGGGGUUUUUAUUUUCUGUUUGGGGGGGAUGGAGGUGAAGGGGACAGAAGAAGGGUGUACAGAACCCAGAAUUGGUUCCUUCAGUUGUAUUUAGGAGGGUCUGGGGAUCCUCUUCAAGAAAGUGCAUGCAAGUUGUGUGUGGAUGUGGAGAUAUUUUGUGUCAAGAGAAGAGAAUGGGGGGGGAGGGGGAGGUUUUUAUAUUUUUUCCCCAAAUGAUCUCAGGAAACAAAAAGAGGAUGAAGGGAAAUUUUUUUUUUUGUCAGAGUAGCAAUAAGUUGAUUGCUAGCUGUGCUGAUCUGAAUGACUCUUGCCCAAGAAAAAGAAAAGGCUCGAGUGGAAUUGUGAAUGCGGAAAAAAAAUCACACAAAUGAAAAAAAAAA